UAACAAGUGUUCAUCUAAGACUGCGUAUCCUCUGCAAAUAAAACAACAAAAAUUAUUUAUUACUGUUCUUUUCGUUUAAAAUGAACACCAUUUCGCGAAUAAAGAUUUUAGUGCGCGAUUACGGGCAUCGUCGGAUUUUAUCGUGAAUGUGACACAUGUUGCGAAAUUUUUACAAAAUUUUGAUAUUUUUAACAGAUUAAUCCUAAUUUAAAUACAAAAUGCCGAAGAAAAAUCGUGGAAAGAAAAAGGAUGAUGACUGGAAUGAUGAGGAAACAGAGACGAAACUGGAAGAGAAGAUGAAAAACUUGUCAACAAGUGAUGACGGUGAAGUCAAAGAGGGAAAAAAGUCAAAAAAGAAAGAGAAGAAAAGUAAACUUAAAGAGUUGGCAGAGUUUCUAGAAGCAGAGGAUGAUGAGCCUGUUGUUGAAGAAAUUCAGCCCGAGAAACCUGCAGCAAAGGGGACGAAGAAAGCGGAG